AAAGCGAGGAGACAGGCAGCCCCGGUUCUCCGCAGCCCCAGGUUUGCUCGUCAAGGACUGAGGGGCCUCUCAGCUCCGGCCGCCUCCUCUCCGCCCCCUGCAGGCCGGCCGGAGGGACAGCUCAGGGCCCAGGUCGGCGCAGGGAGCACGGAACCAAAGAGCGCUAGCGCCCGUUCGGCCGCCUUUCCACAAAGCCCGGGCCGACCGGCCCCGCCGCGGAGACUCAGCGCGGAUCGCGGCUCCCUCUCGCCAUGGCGCGGGUGCUGAUCGUGGGCGCCGGGGUGACAGGAAGCUUGUGCGCUGCGCUGCUGAGGAGGCAGACGUCCGGUCCCUUGUACCUUGCUGUGUGGGACAAGGCCGAGGACUCAGGGGGAAGAAUGACUACAGCCAGCAGUCCUCAUAAUCCUCAGUGCACAGCUGACUUGGGUGCUCAGUACGUCACCUGCACUCCUCAUUAUGCCAAAAAACACCAACGUUUUUAUGAUGAACUGUUAGCCUAUGGCGUUUUGAGGCCUCUAACCUCGCCUAUUGAAGGAAUGGUGAUGAAAGAAGGAGACUGUAACUUUGUGGCACCUCAAGGAAUUUCUUCAAUUAUUAAGCAUUACUUGAAAGAAUCAGGUGCAGAAGUCUACUUCAGACAUCGUGUGACGCAGAUCAACCUAAGAAAUGACAAAUGGGAAGUAUCCAAACAAACAGGCUCCCCUGAGCAGUUUGAUCUUAUUGUUCUCACAAUGCCAGUUCCUCAGAUUCUGCAGCUUCAAGGUGACAUCACCAACUUAAUUAGUGAAUGCCAAAGGCAGCAACUGGAGGCUGUGAGCUACUCCUCUCGAUAUGCUCUGGGCCUGUUUUAUGAAGCUGGCACGAAUAUUGAUGUCCCUUGGGCUGGGCAGUACAUCACCAGUAAUCCCUGCAUACGCUUCAUCUCCAUUGAUAAUAAGAAGCGCAAUAUAGAGUCAUCAGAAAUUGGGCCUUCCCUCGUGAUUCACACCACUGUCCCAUUUGGAGUUACAUACUUGGAACACAGCAUUGAGGAUGUGCAAGAGUUAAUCUUCCAGCAGCUGGAAAACAUUUUGCCAGGUUUGCCUCAGCCAAUUGCUACCAAAUGCCAAAAAUGGAGACAUUCACAGGUACCAAGUGCUGGUGUGAUUCUAGGAUGUGUGAAGAGCCCCUAUAUGAUGGCGAUUGGAUUUCCCAUCUGACUUCCUGGAAACUGGAGCACACAGUCAGGUUUUAUUUGAUUUUUUUUUUUUUAAGGAUACCACUUCACAGCCUUUAGGAUAGCUAUUAUUUAAAAGCAAAACAAAAAGCAAAACAGAAGAUAAAUGUUGGCAAGGAUGUGGAGAUAUUGGAUUCCCUUGUGCAGUGCCAGUGGGAAUGUAAAAUGAUGUAGCUACUAUGGAAAAUGAUAUGGCAAUUUCUUUAAAAAUGAAAUAUAGAAUUGCCAUAUGAUCCGCAGUUCCACAUCUGGAUGUCUGUCUAUCCAAAAGAAGUGAAAGUAGGGACUUGAACUAACAUUUGUACACCAACGUUCACAGCGGCUUUAUUCACAACAGCCAAAAGGUGGAAGCAACCCAGUGUCCAUGGAUAGAUGAAUAGUUAAAUAAAAUGUGGUAUAAACAUACAAUGGACUAUUAUUUAGCCUUAAAAGGGAAGGAAAUUCUGACAUGCUGCAAUAUGGAUGAAACUUAAAGUCAUUAUGCAAAGUGGAAUAAGCCUAUCACAAAAAAUAAUAUUACAUAAUUCUACUUAUACGAGGAAUCUAGAGCAGUCAGUUUCAUAGAGAUAGAAAAUAGAAUGGUGGUUGCCAAGGGCUGGGAGAAGAGGGCAAUGGAGAGUGAGUGUUUAGUGGGUCAGAGUUUUAGUUUGGGAAGGUAAAAAGUUCUGGAGAUGGAUGAUGGUAAUGGGUGCUCAACAGUGUGAAUGUACUUAAUGCCACAGAACUGCACAUUUAAAUAUGGUUAAAAUCAUCACUUUUAUGUUAUGUAUAUUUACCACAAUAAAUAAAGAAGUUGAUAUUUCUUAUACUUACAAAGAGGAGAAGGGCAUUUGCAAAUCAACAAGAAGUGUGAGGCCCCUCUCUCUAGCAGAAAAAUAGACUCAAUCUAUUUCUUUAUCUUUUAACAUCGUGUUUAAUGGAAAUGCCAAAACAAAUGGGAAAAAAUACACACACACAAAUAUAUAUGAACAUGUUUUGCCUCAUGAGUAAUCAAAAUGUGUACAUAUGUAUGUUUAUGUAUGUGUGUUUAUAUUUAAAAUCAUGUUCUGCCUUGUGAGUAAACAAAAAGUAUACAAAUUAAAAACUAUAAUGAAACGUAAUUUUUAACCUAUCGAAUUGGCAUUUUUUUUGAAUGACUAAAUUAUAAUCAGGGAUUAAAAUGACUGGUAGAAGUAAAAACUUUCACAUCCUGUUCGCAUAGUAAAUUGGCAAUACGUAUCAAGUGUUUUUUAAAGCAUGUUUUCUAACUCAAUAACUUACAUCUAGGAAUCUGGCUUAAAGAAAUAAUCCAGGAUGCAGACAAUGGUUUAUUUGCAAUAUGUUUAUUUAAGCAUUAGUUAUGAUGGUGGAAAACUGGAAAUAACCUAAAUCAACACUAACAGGAAAUGCUUGAAUAAAUUCUAAUAGAUCAAAACAGUGGAAUUAAAUGCAGUCAUUUUAAAAUGUGGGUUUAAAGCAAAUUUUUCUAUCUGGGAUAUUUUUUGUGAUAUAAUGUUGAGAAAACCCACAAUAUGUAAUGCUAAGUCAAGAAUACAGGAUGCUUGUCAUUUCUAAAAAACAUCAAGUGAGUAUAACAUGCAUUUAUGUGUGUACAUAUAUUAAGACCAAAAGAAAUAUUCAAUGUCUUCAAGGUGGUGGGAUUUCGAAAAAUUUUCAUUUCUUUCUUUAUAUUUUUUCUGUAUUUUUACAAUGAGCAGUCAGGCAGCCAAUUGGCCUUGUGUUGAGGUCCUCCAAAGGGCAGAACCAAGACUAGUAGCAGUAGGAAAGUGAUUGAGGCUAAUAUCAGUAAGAAAUUUCCAAUAAGCAGAGCUUUUCAACGUGGAGCAGACCUCUGGGAGUUUCUUUCUGCCAGCCCAAAACGUUUCCAGCAGAGGCUGGGUGACCACCAUCCACAGUGAUCCACAGUGGGGAGAGGUCACAAGAACAGUGCAUCCCAACCCUGGCUGGUCCACAGCAUUACCUGAGGGAGGAUAGAAUGCAGAUUCCGGGGCCAUGAACCCUAUCUACCUGGAUUGAAACUCCAGGGCUGGGGUCUAGGGAUACGUAUUUGCCUUAAACUUCCCCAAGGAAUUCUGAAGCAGCAAGACAAAGCUUCUACACCUGAGAAUCCCUAGAUUAGAGACUUUCAAGGCUGCUUCCAACUUGGAGAUUCAAAGCAAUUUUGCAAUUCAAAGGUCUAGAGACUAUUUGAGUAUCUAUCUUAAAAAAACAAGGACAACAGUAUAGAUGCAAAGGGAGGCAUGGCUAGGGUUGAAGGAUGGAAUCAUUUGAAGAUCAGUACUUUUUCAUUCAUUUAUUUAUUCAACCACCAAUGACCAAGAGCCUGUGCUGUACCGAGUUCUUCGUUUAAAGCACUUGGGAUAUGUUAGGGAUCAAAACCGUUUCCUGCCCUCAUAAUGGUCACAUUCAAGUCAGGUUAACAUAAAACAUAGAUUCUUGGGCCCAGGAAUGACUGAAUUAGAAUCCCUGAAGAGGGACCCAAGAAUCCAUAUUCUAUAAAUGUUCCCAAGGUGCCUAUAUACACUAAUGCAAUGUUGUUUUUCAAAAUAUGGGCUUUGACUCAUAAGUGGUUUGUUAUAGUAAUUUAGUGAGUCAAGAAG